GCCUAAAGCCCGUUUUCAAAACCCCCGCCCGUUAAACCCCAGUGGAAUCUAGGAAGUAGGGCGAGACUCGACCUGUAUUGGCUGCAAUGGAAGAAAACUAUGAAGAGGAAGCACCGUUGCCGCUGUCAAAGCCCCGGGGCGGCCACAUAAAGAAGAGAGCUCUCAAGAACAAAGCAAUUUCCGUUUCUUUCAACGAGAAGGAUCUUAGGGAUUACGUGACUGGGUUUCACAAGAGGAAGAAGAAGCGAAGAAAGGAAGCCCAGAAGAAGCAAGAGGAGGCUGAACGCCGCAAGCGUAUUGAACUGCGCAAAAAGAGAAAGUUAGAAAAAGAAUUUGUCCUAUAUGGGGGAGCGCCGGCCAGCACUGGCUCAGGACCGGAAUAUAGUGAUGAGAACAAUGAGGACAAAGAAAGAGAGCCAAUGGCAUCAGUUUCUGGGACAACAAUGUAUGAUAGUGCCAACAUGACUGUCACUGUGACAACCAGUGAGAUUUCUCGUGAGGAAGAAGACUUUACUAGUGAAAAGAUGCAUACGGCAAUGCUCGGAUCAGUUGGAGAUGUUAUUCACAGAAAGCACAACUUACCUUUUAUUUCUCGGCAACCAAACAGGCUGAGUUUGAAAAUGCAAACGAGGUUUAUGGAGAGGUCGAAUAGUAUGACGCGAGAGAAGAGAGGUUUGGAUUCGAGUUCUGGUGAUGAAGGACCUGAUAGGAAACGACCUGCUCUUGCUAGUGUGAUUGUUGAAGCUCUGAAAGUGGAUAGUCUGCAGAAACUUUGCUCAUCAUUGGAGCCUAUUCUUCGGAGAGUUGUCAGUGAAGAAGUGGAACGUGCUUUAGCAAAACUAGGUCCUGCCAAGCUUACUGCUAAAAAAUGCGGGUCUUCUCCUAAACGGAUAGAAGGACCUGAUGGAAGAAAUUUGCAGCUGCACUUUAGAUCCAGGUUGUCCCUCCCUCUCUUUACUGGAGGGAAGGUUGAAGGGGAGCAGGGUGCUGCUAUCCAUAUUGUCUUGAUUGAUGCAAACACCGGUCAUGUUGUCAAAUGUGGUCCAGAGUCCAUAGUGAAACUAGAUGUUGUUGUGCUUGAGGGUGAUUUCAACAAUGAAGAUGAUGAUAACUGGACUCAAGAAGAAUUUGACAGUCAUGUUGUCAAGGAGCGUGAGGGGAAGAGGCCAUUACUGACUGGAGAUCUGCAGGUGGUGCUGAAGGAUGGUGUAGGAACACUAGGAGAGCUAACGUUUACGGACAACUCAAGCUGGAUUAGGAGCAGGAAAUUCAGGCUAGGGCUAAAGGUUGCCUCUGGCUCUUGCGAAGGAAUCCGUAUUCGUGAAGCGAAAACAGAUGCCUUCACUGUUAAGGAUCAUAGAGGAGAAUUAUACAAGAAACACUAUCCACCUGCUUUAAAUGACGAGGUCUGGAGAUUGGAAAAGAUUGGCAAAGAUGGGUCGUUUCACAAGAGGCUCAAUAAAGCUGGAAUUUUUACAGUUGAAGACUUUCUACGACUUGUGGUUAGGGACUCACAGAGGCUGAGAAAUAUUCUUGGAAGUGGAAUGUCUAAUAAGAUGUGGGAUGUUCUUGUGGAGCAUGCAAAAACUUGUGUUCUAAGCGAGAAACUUUAUGUUUAUUACCCUGACGACGUGAGGAGUGUUGGCAUAGUCUUCAACAGCAUCUUUGAGUUGAGUGGCCUAAUUGCCAAUGGACAAUAUUAUGCAGCUGAUUCUCUGUCGGACAAUCAGAAGGUUUAUGUGGAUGCCCUGGUAAAGAAGGCAUAUGAAAAUUGGAUGCAUGUUAUAGAGUAUGAUGGCAAGUCUCCACUUGGCUGUAACGAAGAUGGUAGUGCAGGUGCUUCACAAGCCAAUUUUUCAAUGGAUCCGCAAGGUUAUCCAAGUUCGAUUAACCAUCAGCAGACUCUACCAACUCUGUCAGUUCCAGUUCCUUCAGAACAGCCUCCCAUGGAUUCUGGUCUAAAUGUUGGAGGUUAUGAUGAUAGUAUGGCUGCCAGACUUAUGAUGCAAUCACAAAACGUACGUCUUAAUGCUCAGACUCAGUUGAAUGGUGCUUCAUUCAGUCUACAGAACCCCUUGGUCAGUGCUUCACAGCAGGUCCAGCUUCCAGGAAACGAUAAUGAGCUAGCACUUGGUCCAUCUCAGUCAUCCAUGGCAGGUCUCCAUGGUGUCGGCACAUCAAAUGUUCCUAGUUAUAAGGGGGUUGACGAUUUCUUCUCAGAGGAGGAGAUUAGAAUGAGAAGUAAUGAGAUGCUUGAAAAUGAAGAUAUGCAACAUUUGCUUCGAAUCUUUAACACGGGAAGCCAUGGCCAGACUCCCUUUAAUGCUUCUGAAGAUGGUUAUCCUUAUUCCUCAACAUAUAUGCCCACCCCAUCUCUGAAUUAUGGUUUUAAUAAUGAAGCUUCUGGCAAAGCUGUAGUUGGGUGGCUCAAACUCAAGGCAGCUCUGAGAUGGGGCAUCUUUAUUAGGAAAAAGGCUGCUGAAAGGCGGGCACACCUUGUUGAGUUGGAUGAUUCAUAGAUCUAGCCUCUGAUGCAGAGCUGUCUGGAUGUGGUGUAAGCAGGCUUCCUUCCAUCUCCCUGCCUGAUUCUAACCCUAACAGACUAAGGACUCAAGGACUUGAGUUGUUGGCAGGGUCUGGCUCUUCGAAUCCUUGCAUUGCUUGGAUUCUACCUCUGCCAUCCAGGGACCUUUCUGCUUGUACAUUUCUUCUCUGUACAGUAAGCUUCCAUCAUAACAAGUAGGGUUUCAGUUCAUGUGGUGUCUUAAGAGUGGAGGCUUGAAAUGUUAUCAAGGGGGAACGUCUCCAGCACGAGUCCAAGUAGCAAGUGUAACGGAUGUAUCUUACUACUUCAGAUGACUAGCAUCUCUGGUCUGUACUAUAUUCUGUUAAUAUCUAACGAAAUAAAAAGGCAUGUUUAUGUUCUUGACUUGUAAUAAUGAAUAAUGAAAAAAAUAUAAUAGUGGUAGUGAUAACAUUGCCUGGGCAAAGUCCAACUGCUGCAUAAUGGAACUGUGUUUUAUUUAACCUACAGCUUUCUUCCU